CACAUCAAGGAGGAUCAGUCGAAUGUGCAUUACAUUGUGACGGGUAACGGUAACUUUUACAAUUCGUACAUGCUUCACAAAAGAAUGCUUGGCAAUUCACUCAAGUAAGUCUUGCGCCGAUGAGAUCUAAAUUAAAUUAUAUUUCCAUCGCUAUGGGUUUGUUAUCGGUCAAACAUGCUGACAUAAGCGCCAAGUAGUGAACAAAUAACAAUAAACGUAUUCUCUCAUACUUAGAGAGAAUACGUUAAGGAAACAUGGCGAGACGUGAACAAAUUGUAUUGACAAGGGGGAAUAGGUACAAGCAGUCGGGACCAGGAUUUCUGGGAUUGUUUGGGUGGACAUUACAAGCAGUAACUGACGAAAAAAUUUAAGGUCUUAAGGUUUUAAGUUUUUAUUAAUAGUGAAGCGUCCCUUUAACAAAGUGCAUGAGCAACAUAAUUUGAUCGAAGAUCGAUCGUUCACUCUAAAGACUUCCUAAUGUCUCUUUAUUCUACGGAUAAAAAAUGCCUGAAUAAAGAGUAAUACUUUUUUUUGCAUUUGUAGAUUUUUCCAUGGUAAUUCGGGAGCUUUCACUUUGUUUGAAGCGACGCCAGAAGUUCUCAUAGUUUUUCAGAUCGACGAGUACGGAAAUGAAGUAUACAAUACCCACUUACAGCCAAGAACAACAAUACAAUCAUUAAAUGAUGCAGAGGAUGUUUUGCUUGAUGAUUUUUUUACUUCGCAGUCUUGA